AGUCAACUGACCAUGUAACUAACUGGCCGACUCAUCUUCAAGUCGAAUCACGGGUAUGAUCAUUUUUCUCCUAAUGACUGGUGUCUAGCUGCAGUACUGAUGAUCAAUCCGUAAUCAAUCUUCGUGUCUUUGCUCGCUCUCAGUACUCUUACUAAGAAACAUCUAUCCAUCCAUUCACAUACCUCCUACAUCUCGUACCUCCACUCAUGGCAACGCAAGAUCAGCCCAUGAAGCUGUGCUUCGUGACCGUAGGUGCCACAGCUUCUUUUAAUCUACUCAUUCAAGCCAUUCUCGAGCAGAGCUUUCUUCGUGAACUGCGGGCUCACGGUUACACCAACCUGUUGAUCCAAUACGGCAAAGACGGCAAGAGUCUUUUCGACGAAUUCUUGCAGCAAUAUCCUCCCGGGAGUGAGGGUCACCAUGGCCUGGUGAUUGAUGGAUUCGACUUCAAUUCCGACGGUCUUGAUCAUGAGAUGCGUCUUGCUAAAGCCUGGCCCUCAGAGGGUCGACUUGGUGGUUUGAUUAUAAGCCAUGCUGGCUCCGGUAGCAUUAUGGAUGCAUUGAGACUGGGCGUGCCUCUUAUGGUGGUCCCGAAUCCGACUCUCAAAGACAACCACCAGCAGGAGCUUGCUGAUAUCCUUCAAGAGCAGGGUUAUCUCAUUUCAAGUCAUUAUCAGGAAAUUGCGUCAUCACUAGAUAGGGCCGAGCGCCUGCGAGCACAGAUGGCUCAGUGGCCGCCGGUCUCCAGGGCUCAGGAAGUUCCGCCUCCUAGUCUGGAACAAGUCAUGUCUGAUGAAUUGGGCUUCUUGGAUUGAUUACCUGUCACGAAUUAUCACUCUUUCUACCAUCGCGGACGGAGAUUGUUGACGCCAGGCAAGGGCGUUGGGGGGCGUGUAUACUUGACUCUUAAAGAUCGUGGCUUUUGGGGGGCUGCGAUCACCCUUAGCAAUGGCAGUUCAG